AUGAACAACGACGGGGACAAAAUUGUAAACGUAGUCCCUCCGUUCGCACCAAAGACAACAAUUUCGUCGUGGCGUGAUUUCGAAAAGCAGUUCACGGAGUACAUGGAGAAGAAUAAUUUAAAGUUUCGCGUGCGGAGUUCAGAAAGAACGGAAUCAUACAACAAAACGCACCAAGACCAAAUACCUGUCACAUUCGAGUACUCGCAAAGGAUCUAUCGGUGCACUCACGGUGUUUCCCAAAAAUCGAGGUCCAAGGGGCAUCUCAAUCGCAAGCAGCGGUACUGCAAAUGCUCGGCGCGACUAACGGUAAUUGUUUGUCGCGUUUUGGGCAACCACUACGAAAUUGUGCUUCGGAACCAGAACCAUACCCACUCACAUUCCAACAGCGAAACCCAAGCUUCGAGUUACUUGACAACAGCUACGCUGCCACUCGACAAUCAAAAUCUUGAGGGUGUGAAGACAUUGACUGAUGCACGUGUUUCUUCGACUCACAUCACCAAUUUCCUGAACGACCGCAUUGGCUGCAAAGUGACGCCACAGCAAACCAGAAACCUUAUCCGAAUUAUCAUGGGCCAAGAUUCAGCUCAAGAUAGAAUGAAGGACUUGCUUCAUGCUCUUCGACAGCUGGACGGCAGCGACGUGCUCGUCAUCCAAGACCAGUUGGAUAUCACGUGUGGUGUGAUCAUGCAGACGAAGGUACAGAAGAUGAUGUUCGAUCGGUGGGGGGAAAACUUGACGAUGGACUUCACUCACUCUACAAACAACCUCGGCUACCAUUUGGGUGAGUAUGCUAAAGCAACCAUAUUGAUUGAAGUUUGGUCGUCACUACGUGUACGGGCAGAGGUUUCCCUGUAUUCGAUCUUGAAAUAUUUCAAGGAAAAGAAUCCGGAAUGGAAAGACGUCAAGAGCGUGGUGAUCGACAAAGAUUUCUUGGAAUGGCAGGUUCUCGAGCAGACCUUUCCAAACGCACAAAUUGUAUUGUGUCAGUUUCAUGCUACAACCUACUGGAAAAAGGUGGUGAAACGUAAAGAAUUCCGACUGAGGGUUGCUGAUAGAGAAGAUUUACUCGAUUUGAUGACGAAGUUGCUCUACUGUCGAACGCAGGACGCGUAUCAAUCCGGCUAUUAUGCGCUGAAGGAAAACUGCAGAGCCGCAAGGAAAAGCGCGUUCUUCGCCUAUUUCAAGAAAAACUGGCAUUCCUGUCGCAUUAUGUGGUCGAACUACACACGUGGGAAACACUUUACUGCUGGGAAUACGACCACUAACAGGAUCGAGUCUAACUGGAAAUACUUGAAGAUGCUUCUCGGGCUCAAGACAAGAAUUGACAAGACAUUGGCGGGCUUACUCCAGCACCAGAUGAUUAUUACGCGUCAGAUCGUAUCUGCAAUUGAGAAGCAGCAUUCAUCAUCUCGAUUGCCGAAGACUGUGCCUUCAUUCUUGCGAGCGGUGGCAAGGAGGCUUUCACCGUACAUGUUGGAGAAAGUGAAAAAUGAAUGGGAGGGAUUCGUGAAUGGGAAGGAAAGAACAACUUGCAUGCAUGAAAAACCAGUUUCGAAAUGGAAAGUUUAUUAUUCACACCAAGUUUACGAGUGCGACGACGUGGAUUGGACAUGCACGUGCCUAUUCUACUCAAGCCACCACUUGCCGUGCUAUCAUCUGAUGCAUGUAGUGAGCGAGGGCCAUGGAUUCCAGAUACUACCUGGUAUUUCAGUCCAUGAGCGCUGGAGUGCUUUUGAAGCGCUAGACGUCAAGGAUGAACUGACUUCUGCGGCCAACGCCCUACAACCUAUUGUGAACAUGUCAAAGUUAAAGUUGCCGAAGCGCAUAAGGUUGCCGGACAGUAGUGACCAAUCAGCUGAGGAACGGAAGUCGCACACGUCGUCAGAUGAUAAGAGAGAAGUUGUGUAUAUUCGACUACGCCGGGAUGAACGUGCCAAACAAGUUGUGCUUACGUCAGCUGAAAAAUAUUCAUACGCGAAGGCGAUGUUAGAUCCACUGCUCAAGCAUCUCUCCGAGUUGUCCACUGCUGAUUUCUAUCAGGAGCUUAAAGCUUGGAAAGAGACUGUGGAAGUUGGGUUGAGCAGGAGGGAGGCUGCUACUGCUAACACUAGGGACAUUGGCGACAACGAUGAUGAUGAGGCCGAAGCUGAGCUGCAGUGCUCGUACGCUAUCGCGUUAUGUAUUGGCGAUAAUGGUGACGACGACGACGUGGCAAUGUAA